CUGGUAACUGCUUCCUACCUCAAUACUGGCAUGUGAACUACUGGUUAAGUUAUAGAACAGACACUAGACUGUCAAUUGUAGUAGUGUUUGCAUGUUGAUCUUGUGAAUGUGUAAGUGAAACACGGAACAGCUAGGCAUUUCCCCUGGUAUGGUUUUUUCUAUAAGAAUCAUAUGAUGGUAUUUUCAUUCAAUGCAUACAAAUAAAUUCAUUUUUUUCUCGUUAAUAAGUGUCAUGAGAAUGAAUGAAUGAAUGAAUGGUAUGUGGUGUUUGGAUGUUGCACGUAUGUCCCCACCUACACGCACACACACACACACAUCACAUGACAUAUUUAAAUCGGGUUAAAAUGCACAUGGACUCUGGUGGUUUUUGACAUGUGCUCUACACCUUAUAUAUACAUAUAUGAAUUACAUUGUGUUGUGUACAUUUCCGAUUGAGACUGUUUUUCAUGAUAAUAUUGUUUUCCCUUUCAUCAGAGUAAUUCAUGCUCGACACACUGGUGUAGCCCGAUGGACAUGUGGAGAUGAUAUUUUCAGUAAAGAUUUUAUCAUCAUUCCAAUUAAUGAGCAGAACUUUUUUAGUGGUCACUGGAUUGUUGUUAUUGUUUGUUAUCCUUGGAUGGUGGGAAUGCUCCAUGAUGUACAUGCUGAUGAAGACGUUGACUGGUUCAAAUUAAAGGAAGAAUUUUCUGAUGUUGACCAUAUUGAAUUUCCCCAGAAUGUAGAUUUAUCAACUAAUUAUGAAGAAUGUGUUGACAAAAUGCCUAUAGAUGAUAAGGGUGAGGCAUUUAAUCGGUGGAGAAAAAGACGUCUAGCCUGGCUUCGAAAGAAUGGUUACAAUCCGAAGUACGUUGUUUGUCUUCUUAUGUUGUCUGUACCUGUUCAUUUUGUAGAGGAGUAACAAAUCAAUCUGUUCUAUUGUUAAACACAGUCAUGAAAAAUUCUGAUUUUCUUUUACUUGAGAACAUGAAAAUAAUUGAACGUAUAUGUGUGCAUGUGUGUUUAUGCAUUUUUUCUUUCAUUCAUUCAUUCAAGAGAGUUCUGUCUAUCUGAGGUGAUUUGUGUGUUGUGUGAAGUAAUUGUUGGUA